AUGGCUGCAGGGUUUGGGACAAGUGAGGCUUUUGUUAUUCGGGACAAGCUGGUCUCUUGGAGUUGGACCUUGCUGCCAAUUCUUGCCGACGGGCAGCGCAUGACAUGGUACAGGUACCUCGCCCGAGACGGUGAUUGGCCGACAAACUCCCAGCAUCUUGGAGCCUCUUCUCAACCGUCGAAGAGUCAAGUUCAACUUCAACAUCCAAAGGGCGUUUCUGAACAUCCUCAGCAUUGUGGUUUCUAA